AGCGAUCGUGGUAUCGUUCAAGGUUUCCUUACAAGUGCUAAAACUCUUGCCCAAUCUGAGUUCAGUUGAAAUCGGACAUGGGUACUGUUAGACUUCGAUCGAUACAUCUUAGCCCAAUGGCGACCACGUGGAUCUGAAGUGAUUUUUGGUGCAAGAUUUGUAGAAAAGAAAAUGCGAUCCGGAAUGCAACUCUGUGCUUGGUGUGGAAUGAUCGAACAACAGGUAAGAAAAGUCCUAUGCUGUAACAAUAUAUAG